AUGGAGAGGGUUUCGUUGGCGACGGGCAGCGCGGGAGCCGCCAGGGCCGAGGGAGCUGCGGCCAUGCCGCCCCCGCCAGCCGUGUCCCCGCCUGCCCUCACCCCGGCACCCGCAGCGGGGGAGGAGGGCCCGCCGCCUUUGCCCGAGGCGGGGGCUCCCGGCUGCUCGGGCGCCCGGCCCCCAGAGUUGGAGCCGGAGCGCAGCCUGGGCCGCAUGCGGGGCCGCUUCGAGGACGAGGACGACGAGUUGGAAGAGGAUGAGGAGCUGGAGGAAGAAGAAGAGGAGGAGGAGGAAGAGAUGAGCCACUUCUCGCUGAGGCUGGAGGGAGGCCGGCCGGACUCCGAGGACGAAGAGGAGCGCCUGAUUAAUCUCUCAGAACUGACCCCGUACAUCUUGUGUUCCAUUUGCAAAGGUUACUUGAUAGAUGCAACUACCAUUACAGAAUGUCUUCAUACAUUUUGUAAAAGCUGCAUUGUAAGACAUUUUUACUAUAGCAACAGAUGUCCAAAAUGCAACAUAGUAGUACAUCAGACACAACCUCUUUAUAACAUAAGGUUGGACCGACAGUUACAAGACAUAGUGUACAAAUUAGUGAUCAAUCUAGAGGAAAGAGAAAAAAAGCAAAUGCAUGAUUUCUAUAAAGAAAGAGGUCUAGAAGUACCUAAACCUGCUGUUCCACAGCCAGUCCCUUCGAGCAAAGGAAGAUCUAAGAAAGUCUUAGAAUCAGUGUUUCGUAUCCCACCUGAACUUGAUAUGUCUUUACUACUAGAGUUCAUUGGUGCUAAUGAAGGCACGGGACAUUUUAAGCCCUUGGAAAAGAAGUUUGUCCGAGUUUCUGGAGAAGCAACUAUUGGGCAUGUAGAAAAAUUCCUCAGAAGAAAAAUGGGUCUUGAUCCAGCUUGUCAGGUAGAUAUCAUCUGUGGCGAUCACUUGUUGGAGCAGUAUCAGACUCUAAGGGAGAUCCGACGUGCGAUUGGUGAUGCAGCAAUGCAGGAUGGUCUGCUGGUCCUCCAUUAUGGUCUUGUGGUUUCUCCUCUGAAAAUUACUUGA